AGAAUAAAAAUACUGUGGCCUUGCUGAUCACCUUACUUCCCUCUUUAUCAUCGACGCAGUUUGGUUUUGAGUGGUAUUGUCCUUUUUGUACAAGAAAUCAAGCUGUUUUUGAGUGAUAAAGGGUGCUCUUUGCUCAACUGAAAAUGUCAAAAGCUGCAGAGAAUCCAUCUUCAAGCCAAGAACAAGCACCAAAGCAUAAAAACCUGCUUGAAAAUGGAAGCUUGAGGCCAAAGAAUGACUGGAAUGGCAACAUUUGCAAGGAUAUCGAGUUUUCACCAUGGGAAGUUCUUGAGAACGGCGGAGAUGGUAUUCAGCUUGAGAAGUCUCCCAGUGGCACUGACGUAGGGCCGUUGCCGAAGGAAACUGGGCUUGAACAACAUUGCAUUGCCACGUCAAGUGCCUGGUUUAAAAGAAGACAGACAAUCGACCUGUUAAAAAAUGGAAUCGUUCCUGAUUUUUAUGACAAUCCCGAUUUGAAGAUUUACAUUUGCGAAUGGUUUGCAUCUCGCACUGAUAACGAGGGUGAAUACUUCUUGACCGUAUCUCUUCUUGACGAGAACAAGCAAGAAAUCCCAGGGUAUACUUACAACAGUGGAACAAACAGGGCUUACUAUGAUGAAUGGGAGAAGAUUGAGUACACUUUUUUCCCGGUCCCUCAGACAGCCCGGUUUGUCCGAUUCGACGAUGGAGGCAAAGAUACCAAGUCUUGGGAGGGACAGUAUGGCGUUAAGAUGUUUGGGGCUUCUGUCCAUGCUGGUCAGAAGACAGACAACGAAAACAGAGAUUGUGUCUGAUGUAUACACUCACAAUUCGUUUUCACAUACGGGCGUGCUUUUUUAUUGAAUGCAUGUAACGCAGCAUUGAUCAAACGAUACAAUCUCACUAAAAUAUUUGCGUAAUAACUAUUUAUUAAAUCAAUCCACUGAACUUUCACCCUGAAAUAAUUCCUUAAAGAGGCACUGACGCAAAUUUUUGCAUCCAAAGAUUUCAACCAUAAUUAGUGAGCCACAGGUUGGGGCUCAUUGUACCCGAAAAUUUCUUUCGUUUAUCUGUACUCGCUGGGGAAGUAAAGUUUCGAGACUUUAAGAAUUGGGAUAUACAUUUUUGAUACGCCACUUCUUUUGCAUGGAAACAAAGGGUUUGACGUCAUUUGACUGUUCUCAGUCGGGGUUUGUUGCUCCGGCUGGUUCAAUCGGUGGCCGUUGUUUCUUUUUUCGCUUGUAAAAGUAGAUGGAAGUAAAAGAAACGUCUUCGGUGUUUGUCGUUGGUAUAAUCGAGCAAAUCUUGUUCCUGUGUUACGACACGCUCGCACACUAGUACUUUUUCUCGCAUCAUGGCUUUCAACGAAAUCAUACCCCUACAUUUCUACCCCCGUCUCGUAUGACGCACAGACUUUGUUCCUCUACAUAAUCUCGACAUAGACCGACCUCCAUGCAUUCGGGAAAUCACUAAAUGAUAACAAUUGUUUGCGUUAGUGCCUCUUUCAGUUCAACAACGCACAGUGACUUAACUUUCUAUAAAUUCUAAUUUAUUUAUUUGUUUUUUAUAAAUUCUAAUUUAUUUAUUUGUUUUUUAUAAAUUCUAUAUUUCCUAAUAGGAUUUCAAGCUUAUUUUUUCAUCAAAUAGAAAUUCUAA